UUGGGAGUUAUGGCUCGAGUUGGCCAGGAACUAGGGUGGAAGAGGAUUGGAGAGGAGGAGGAAACUUUAUCCUGACUACUUCCUGUGGGCGUUGGUAACUUCCUUUCGGUAGAGGGCGUCGCUAUAUCCCAGCUAGGCCAUCUUGGAUUUUCUCUGGGCCGCAUGGGAGCUAGUUUUUCAGCUUUCUUCGCUCGUGGGGUCGAGGUUAGGGGCAAUGGGAAUCCAUUUUGUUAGGAAAUUGUCUGGUACACAGGACGACGUGGAAGAGGAUGACUGGAAAGAAUUUGAGCAGGAAGAAAUAAUUGACUACAGUGGCCUCAGAGUUCAGUCCAUGCAAAUUAGUGAAAAAGAUGAAGAAGAAAGUGAGAAAAAAGAAGAACCAAGGGAUAAUAAUGAGGAAACAGCUGGAAGUGUGGAGAAAUCAUCUGGUCCUUGGAAUAGAUCUGCUCCUACACAAAUACCUGUUGCUGAAAUUAUUGAAAAUCCAGAGCCAGUGCAAUCCAGUGGAGUAUAUAGGCCACCUGGUGCAAGAGAAGGCAGGACACGAAAAGUGCCACAAGGUCCCCCAGAGAUCUAUAGUGAUACACAGUUUCCAUCAUUGCAGUCCACUGCCAAGCAAGUAGAUACUAGAAAGGAUAAAGAAAUGGAGAAGAGCUUUGAAGUAGUAAAACACAAAAAUAGAGGUAGGGAUGAGGUUUCAAAAUCCCAGGCAACUAAACUUCAGCUAGACAACCAAUAUGCUGUGCUUGGGGAUCAGUAAAGCUGCACACAUAUUACAAUUAAGGAAUGGUUGUUUGAUACCCUUCCACUCUUAAGGUAACUAAACUACACCAAUUAUGAACAUGCCGUCUUGUUUCUGCUGGAUCUUCUACAACAAGUGCAGACUACUUUGACGUAAGUGAUUGCUUUUCUGCACUUUGAAAGUAUACUUAAUUUGGUACACCUUCUUUGUAUUAUGAGGGAAAUUAAUGUAAAUUCUUGAACAAGAGUUCCCGGUGUUUUGAUUCCUCUGCAGCCAGUGGUUAUUUCAAAUUUUUUUAUGUUCAGAUACUGAGCCUUCGUAAAGGUUGACUACCUCAGACUUGCUGCACUCAUUGUGGAUACCAUGUGGAUCACAACUUCUGGAAAAGGUUACAACUCUCUUUGGUGGCCAUCUGAAACUCGAAACCAGCUCUACUGGAUUCCUCUAAAGAAAUCCUGCAGAAGUCAGCCAUCUGAGUUGAUAAUAUAAAUGACAAAUUUAAGUGACCUUAAAUGUGCCCCAUUUAUUAUAUCCUUUCACAUGUAGCCAUAAUUUACUAGGAACCUCUAAUGCACAAAGAUUUUUUUUAAAAAAAUAUGCAGCAUAGUGUUGAGUUUUUCUUUUAAUUUAGUUAUCAGAAAAUAAAUACAUAUCCAGACAGAAAAUUUAUGGACACUAGUCUGUAUAUUCUGGUUUCAUUUGUGUAAACUCUUCAUUUGAAAAAUAGCUUUCCGGUCUUGAGAAAUUGCAAUAUAGUCAAGUAGUUGCAUGGAAUAUGCAACUAUAUAUACUUUACUGGAUCUCAAAGAGUUAGGUUUUCUUUGGAUAAAUGGUAAAUGUUUGCUCCUAUAAUAUCUGGGACUUAUUUUUGAGAAGUUCAUUCUGAAUAUAUAGCCUUAGCAACCUGUUAAGAAGCAUCAGCUAUUGCUCACACAUACCAUUAUAUUUGCAAAUGGAAAUACUUAUAUGUAUAGUGAAAAAUGUCCGUUGCUGUACUUUCUUACUGUUUAAGAUUUGGAUACAUUUUGUGAAUAAGAUGUUGCAUUUAUGGCAUUUUUUUCCUCCUGCUGCCCAAAGAAUAAUGGCAACCAGUUAAAACUCAGUUUUCUGGCCAGCUACGUACCCAUUUAUUUGGACAAAUAUUAACAGUAUUUGAAUACUAAUUUGUGCUAUAUUAUGCUGUAUAACGUUAACUGUGAAUAGAAUUCAAACCAGCUCUGAAAGAGGUUCUUGCUCCUGAGUUUUUUUUUUUUUUUUUUACUUAGUUCUUCUUCCAAUCUGAAUCAAAUAUGGCUACUCCUAAUAUGUCUUUCCAAAUGUCUGGCUGUUUUCUGGACUCUCAAGGAUUUAGACAAAUGUAUUACUUAUGAGAUAGCUAUGUACUUUAUAAAAAGAUGACAUUGCAAUUAAGGAGUGUUUAGGAUAUGAAAUCAUUGCUUUAAAUGAAGAAGAGACUGCUUAGAAUAAUUUAUUCCUAUUAAGAAUUGUGAGAUAUAUUCUUCUAAGUAGUUGUGUUUUAUACAGAUGCAGAACCAGUCCUCUACAUGCUUAGAUCACUGGAAGUAAAACAGCUGACACCGUUGAGUUGCUAUCUUUCCUGAAAGUUGUCUAUUUGCCAACAAAGCCUUUGCAGGGUAUUAAAGCUGCAGAACUAAGAUUAUGUGAAAUUUACAAUUUUAAAUCCCAGCUUUGACAUUUUAUUAACAUUGUUACACAUGAAUCAAGUUUUAAUAUACUGUAUGAUAGGGUACAUGAAGCUGUCCUUUGUAUAUUCACUUGAGUUCUUGGGCAUAGUUGGCAUAGAAAGUUAAUAUUGUAACAUUAAUAAAUAUAGAAAUGUUCAUGACCUCUGGAGUCUAAUGAAUAUAUAAACAUACAUGUUCUGAUGCCAUGCAUCACUUCAGUGUGGCAAAUACAUGAUCAUGGUGUUGAAAUAUAGGGCUGUAAUCUUAUGCAUGUUAUAAGAAAAAGUUCCACUGAGUUCAUUCAUAGAUAUGCAUUGAAUUGGCUGUUGCAAAGUAUUGGUGGCCCAUAAGUAACUUGAAAUGUGUGGUUAUCAUCUACCUCACUCUGUAUGUCACUGCUAGCAACACCACUAAUAUCAAGUGGCAAAAAAAAAUUGUACUGUUUGUUCUUUAAGAGGAAACAACACUGCUAAAGUUGAUAGCUUUUCAUCUUGAUCUCAGAUACUUGUUAUUAGUGAACAUGCUUUCAUUGAAAUAUUACACCAUUGAAUUAAAGUCAAAACUUUCAAAAGAAAAUGGAGCUCUAGUGUGAACAAAGUACAUAUUUUAUAUUGAAGAAUUAUUCCUUGAGAUUGUCUUAAUUUUGGGAGCUCAUACACGUGAAUGGUUUAUGACUUCAUGCACUCUGAAGUUCUGCAUCUUAUUGAUCCUAACAAAUAUAUAUGCUAAUAUAUACUUCUGUUACACAAUUGCUUUGUGAUCCAUGGGCAAAAUGACUAAUUAUAAAGAAACAAACUAAGGUGAUCUGAAUGCAAAUGAGUAUUCUUUUAGUUCAGAUAUCUAUUGUGAGCUGAUUAAAAUAAAUGAUAGGUUGAAGAAAACAAUCCCAGUUUUUAACAUUUUGACUUUGAAGUUCAGAGUAUUUGAUUCAUGGUACUUCUGAAAUCAUAGUUAGCAAACAAAACAAGUUCAUUCUGAAUUGGUAUUUAGGUUCAUUGCUAUUCUAUGAAUGCCCAGAAAAACUGAAUACCCCUGGAAGACCAUGUACAUAUUUUUAAUUUGACUGUAACUAGCUGCAUAACAGUGAUUUAUGCUUUUUAAAUGAAAGCAGUGUCUAUGUUCCUAGUCAAACAAAUAUGAACUAUAAUUUAGCAAGGUCUUAACAGUCAUCUUCAGACAAGGGAAUCUAAGGGACACAAAAACUAUUUACAUAAACUAUAGCACAGAAUAUAGGAUAAUAAAACUUUUAUUUGAGCAGCUUUUUUCUGCUCUUGCCAGCACAUUUUUUAUAUCUCGAUAUAUUUUACUGGUAAUAAAAACAGUAACUUUGGAGGUACUGUUCGUUCAGUAAAAGCAUUAGGACUUCCCAAGAACAUUUUUUCAGGCUUCUAUAUAGAUCCUAAAAUGUACACUUAUAAUUCAAGACAUAUGCAGAUGUGACUUUAAUAGCAAUGCCUACAUCCAUCUAGGGUAUACUCAAUUGUACCAUGCUAUUUAGCUUGUGUACCUGUUCAAGGUAUGUUGGCAGUCAUAGUUGAAUAGGGAUCAAGAGAUACAAACUUCAAGCUACAUAGAUCCAAUCAGAGAUAACUCAUGUUAUCUCAAGAACUUAGUCUUGGACUGAGACUAAGUCAUACUGAAUUCAAAUCCAACGUGUUGUCAAUGAAUAGGCUGUGACCUUAACACUAUUUUCAGUUAUCAGGUACAGUAAAAACACUGUACACAGCAUGUCUUCUAUAUGCUCAUUUCAGUACUUUGAAUUAUUCAAGGUGAAUAUUCAUAUUUUAACAGAUGGGAUGCUGAAAGCAGCUUAGUUUCAGACAAUCCAACUGUUUUUGGAUAAAUUGCUUACAGCAAAUCAACUAUAGAGACAACUGAUCAGACUACUUUCAAAAGCCGUUUUUAGACAAAAUAGAGCAAUAAUUGACCUGCAAAAUAAACUCUUUAAAAUAGACUUCCUAUGUCCACUUCUCCAAAAGAAACAUUUAUAGUAAAUGCUAUUAAUUUGAAUAUGCUGCUCUUUACAUCUGUAUUGGGUAUUACAAGUAGCUAAAAAAAUUUGUUUAAAAAAGAACAAUGUGAAUUAAAAUUGGUAAGAAAAAACCAUUAACAAUAAAGAAUGUGAUGAAGUGUGUAUGUACCAAAAUUUGGGAGCAAUGCAGGAAAAAGUCUUUCUCAUGAGCAAAGGCAAGCUACAUCUCUGAGUGAUGUGUUUAAAAAUGACUGGGGGAGUGUGUCCCAAUCUUAACCGAAUGAGUUUGUAAUGCGAACAGCAGAGAUCCUAAGCCCGUGAUGGCAAACCUAUGGCACGCAGCGCCCUCUCUGUGGGCACGUGAGCUGUUGCCCCAGCUCAGCUCUGCUGCGCAUGUGCACAUGCCUCCCCUGGCCAGCUGGUCUUUGAGUCUCUGCUGCGCAUGCAUGGGGGGCAGGGAGCAUGCGCGGGGCUUUGCAGGCCCCACAUGCAUGGGGGGCAGGGCACAUGCAUGGAGGCCGCAUGCGCAUUGCAUUUUGGGGGUUUGGGCGUGCGCGUGUGUGCAUUAGGCACUCAGUCCAAAAAAGGUUAGCCAUCACUGUUCUAAGCCAUUUGGGACUUUAAGAAUUAAUAGCAGCCCUUUAAAUUAUACUUGGCAAACAGUUGGUAACCAGUGCCAGUAGUUUAUGAACUUUGUACCUUGCAUAAUUUGGCAAUCUGCCUGUUUGAUUUUGCACCAACUGAAAUGUUUGGAUACUUCAAGGGUAGCCCACAGUAUGUUAUUGCAACAGUCACAAUAGAAUGUAACCAGUGCAUGGACAACUUGUAAAAAUCUAAUAUUGAAAGGUAUUAUAAUAAAUAUAAUUGUGCAAAGAUUCCUCCGCAUCUGCAAAUUCAGUGGGAUUUAGGAAUCAAAGCGGCAUUUAUUAACUACAUGUUUUCACUUGGACUGCAAUCUUAUCAAAUACAGCAUAUAUCUCAGUCUCAGAAGCCAGGUCAUCUUUUUAACCAACAGUAACAUUUACCUAUUAUCAAACUUAGGUAAUCUUCAAAGUUACCAGACGCUUGCUUAGAAUCGGAGUGUACAAGGAGUAACAUCAGCCUAGCAAUGACAUCUGACAUCAGAAUUCUAGAAAAUACUCCCCUAUGAAAUUCAAAUUCAUAUAGAAUGGGGUACAAAAUUAGAUUCAAGUCAAGAUAAUGGGAACACAAAUUAGUACUACCAUCUGGAUAUUAUUUGUCAAGAAAACUGGAAGCAUUGUAAAACAAUACCAAACCUCAAUCCUCAGGCAGUCCACAAAGUUCUUUCAUUAUCUUAUCUUGUCAAAAGCCCAAUUGAAAUGGAUCCACGAAACAAUUAUAAUUCAAAUGCCACUGACCUUAACUGCCUUCUUUGGAAUAGGGAAAUAUAAGGAGAUAAUGAUUAUUUCUGCUACUAUGGGUUUAUUAUGGCCAUUUAAAUCAGCCCAGAAAACCGAAAAUUUCAUAAUUAGGUGAUGGCCCUUAUAAUUUUGCACCUUCUGUCUACUUCCUUAAAAUCUACAAUCUGAAAGAAAUCCAAAAUAGUUGUCAAUAGAAUCUGCCCAAGUUCUACAGUCCUACAUAAUAUCAUGGUGGAGACUAACUGCUUAAUGUGGAAAAACAGUAUCAGACACUUUCUGGGGAGACAAAAACAACCUGGUUGCCUGUACCUAUUGCAGAGUUAAGAUUUCAGAUGGGUUUCACUCUAUAUGAUCUGACCCAUUCUAAGACCAUAGCCAAUUAAUUUCAUUACUUAAUAAAUCAAGACGAUCACUUGGCUCCAAGAAGGGGAUGCAAAUGCUUAAGACAAUGUCAACUGCCCAGGGAGUUUCCCCGUUCAUGUUAAAAAACUUACAUUCUGGAAAUUAACCAUAAACAUUCCCAUAAAUUAAUAUAACCAUAUAUUGAUUCAUUUGUACAUACAGGAUUAAAAUUCUAGAGAGGUUAAAAUACUAAAUAGUUUCUAACAUACAAUGAGAUAGGAAUAAAAGGAUAGUGAGAAGGUUCUGUGAAGCAAAGGACAAGAAUCUGCUUUGGAAUAGUUGCUUACUAUAAAAAAAUACAAUUUGUCUACAAAAUUGCUCUGCACAAAAAUGGUAGAAUUCUGGAUUGUACCACUUCAGAUACCAGGCAUUAUGCAGUGCGUUUUGAAUAUUGUUGUGCUAGCUCCCUACAAAUAGAAAGGUGAAGCAUAAAUGAGAGUAUUGCAGUGAAUCUAUCUUUGAUAUACUUUAGAAUAUAAAAAAUACAAUAAAGAUUGAAGAUCUAUUCAAUCUGCAGUGAGAUAUGAUAGACUAGAACUCCUGUUACAUUUAUUCUCAUGGAUGCAUAGAAUGCCUCUUCAUUUUAGGAGCAAAAUGAAAAAGGGUAAAACUUCAGAUUAUCUGGCCAUAAACAUGCUGAUGUACUUCAGAUAAAAGGCUGUUAUUAAAAUGCAAAAAUUAACAUUUGUAACAUUUGUUCCACCAAAAUGGAAAUUAUAAUGGAUUUCACUGAAAUUACUUAGUUUUACAAAAAUGUAGAAAACUUGUCAAGUGGCAAAUCCAAGAAUAUGAAGAAGUUUGAAACCAUUGUAUCAAAUACAGCAUCGGAAAUUAGAUUAUGUUUGUUUUCUAAGCUACAAGACAAUACUUCCCUACUUCACAGGGAUGUUGUGAGAUUGACUUCAGCUUUAUACAGUGUUUUUGAGUUUUCCAAUGCAGGUGCUAUAAAAGUACAGGGUGUAAUUAAACUUGCUGAAAUUUGUCACAAAAAGAAAAUAUUUAACUUGGUUUUAUUUAACAGUAUUUUACCACUACUAUAGUAAAGUUCUUUACACAUAUAUUAAUGAUAAUGUAAUAAUGAACUUUCCAAAAAGGCAUGGUUGAGUUUUCAAACUUUAUACAUCUCUUUUUGGUUCUGUGUGAUUAACUGUGCAGAUAUAAUUGUAUUAAUAAGGUUCUUGGGAUUUGCAUGGAUGAGACGAAUUAUCAUUUUUGUACUCUCUCUGAAUGAAUAAACUUACAUUCAGUUUGUUA